AUGGAGCAGGAGGUGGAGCUGCUCUGCCGAGCGGCGGCAAACUACCUCUAUCUCGGCCAGUUUGAGGCUCUCCGGGCGGCUCUCCUCAGCCUCCGGAAGAGGAAGCCGGAGGUCGCCCAGGCGAUACUGAAUACGAUAGUGUACGAAGGGGGGAGGUUCGAUGGAGUCCUGUGGUCGAGCACCUGCAGCUCUCCCGCGCAUCUUGCGUGGUUGUCCACUAUCGAGCUUCUCGAGUUCGGGAGCUGGUCGGGGAUAAGGAGUUUUGAUCCCGAGAGCUUGAGGACGAAGGUGGAGUUCCUGCUGUUCGUGCAGCUUCUAUGUUCUUGGGCCUCAAAAAUGUCGACGCAGAGAUCGUCUGAGGUGGACGUCGACGAUGAAAAACACGAUCACCAUCGAAAUUCUCUAUCCGUCAAACUGCUUCAUCGCAUCUCGGACUUAGUUUUAGGGGAAUUGAAGAUUGAUAUAGCCGUUGAUGUUGAGGAACCCGCGGGCGAAGGUUUUUCUUGCUCAGACGAGGAGUUGAAAGGCUUGUGCAACAUUCUCCUCGAUCAGUCCGAGAUUCUUGACGUUCUAUGUAGGAACAUUCGUAAACAGAUCAUCUGGUCCAAGAAAAAUGGCUCAGAAUUGGCGAUUAGUGUUCCCGGAGCGGCCGGUGGGGGCACGGCUUCAGCAGUCGAAGCAGUUGACACUCUCGUAGGAAUACAGCGGAACGUCCAGAUGGCACACUUACGCGUUUUGAACCAGUGCGUGGAGGCAAAUGAUAUCGCUGGUGCCAUUUCUCGUCUCCGCUUUCUUCAUCUGGAUUUUGGUGUGGAAGACUCUGAAUACCGGUGAGCUUUUUAUUUCACUUGAAAAUUACUUCUUUUAGUAUGCUCUUUGAAAUUAUUGUCGCUAUAUGGGAGGUGGACUCGUACCAGUGCUGCUGAAGCGGUCACUUUGAUGACAUGAUCAAAAGAGAUGAAGUAAUAAAUCGGUUUUCAUUGGAAUUAUGUUCAAAGAGUGGAUGCGAAUGACCGGGAAAUCUUUCUGGUAGGAUCAUCAUAAAUAAUUUUUUUUGGUCACUUGAUAGUCUGUCUUUAAAUUAUGGGAUGAUGAAAUACAUAUUCUAGUCCAUUUGGCUGUUCCUCAUAGGCAUUCUGAUCACUGUGCAUUGAGUCCAGGAGGCAUAUUUCAUACACUUUGUCUUAUCCACAGAGACAAGUGCAUCCUCAAUGAUUGGAACUCAAACUUAUGUCACCUGACGAGCAUAGAAUAAAUUAUAACAUAUGGAAGAGAGUCUUUAGGCCUAUGGCAAUGCUGCAGACAACCCUAUGGAUCAUCGGAUUUCGGGGAAACACCAGAGUCUUUGCAGAGAUGCCAAGAAGCGCAGAAGGAAUUUGUUGGAGCACCUUGCAUGUUUUGAUGUCGUGGGCAUGGAUAAUAAAAUGGGAAUGUCAUAAAGUAUGUCGAAUCCGAAGUCUUGUGAUCGACUAUGAUAGUUAUGGAGAAGAGUUACACUGUACUAUCAAUGCUUGGGCAGUACUCAACUUUACAAUUUUACUUAAGCUUUAAAAUUCUAAACUUUAUCAAUACUUGAACUUUACUUAAACAUCUUGAAUGUUUUGAUGACAUUUGUCAGUAGUAUUCAGAGGGCAUGCAAUUGUGAGAUAAUGGUUAAUAUUCAUGCGUCAUGGAUUUCGUUCCUAUAUUUUAUGUUCUAAAUUUGAGUCUUUAGUCAUUUUCACAAUAAAGGACUAUCUCAGGUUUUAUGCACAAAAAAAUAGGUUUCUAAUUGUAAUUCGAGUGCUUAGAGUGCCCUUUGAGUUCCCGAGUUAUUUUCCUUCAAUUUUGCAUGCCGAGAAAAAGGUCUUUAUUCCUUAUGCCUAUAUGAAAAUAUUAUUUUACUUAUUCUCUGACUGCUUCAUAAUCCUUGGUCUAGAUAUUCUGUAACGUGGAUGAGAAUGGAUUUCCGUUUGAACAAACUAUUUUGCCAUUUUAAAGACUAAAGGCCAUGUUGCCCUUCUAUGGGAUUACUGUGGGAUAGCUUAUUUUUGAUUAUUCAUUUGUUCUGAAGUUAAUUGAUAUCCUUUGUUUUGUGGUAGCUUUUGUGUCUCAGAAUAUUUUUUCAUUCGUGAUUGUAUUAUAAUGUUGAAUUUUUUCAGAUAAGGUUUCCUAGCAAAGCACUGAAUGAUGUUUCUUUUGCAGGCAUGCGAAUCCCUUCCUCUCUUAUAGCAUGUAUCUUCUUGUAGUCAAUACCUUGAAAACUAUGAUGUUGUUGGUAUCAUUAUUGGAAACGAUGCCUGUGCCCUUUCCCUUUGUCUUUUCCAGGCCUUAUUUGGACGCAAACCAGCAGAGAAGUAAAAUGUGAAGUGUCUUGGACAAUCAUUGAUUGGGUCCAUUGACAGAAAGCCUAAAUAAAUAAUGAUUUGUUCUUUACUGCAUUAACUGAUAAGGAAGCAGGCUUAUCCACUCAGGCGAGUAUAAGAAAUAUUGUUUAACUGAGCACAAUUCUUGAUAUCAGAGUGCUCAUGUAGUAAUUUCUAUUUCUAAAGAAGUGAGCUAACGGUCUGAGGUUACAUCAGCUUUACAAUAUUCAAUGAAACAGAGAACCUAAUGUCCGGCAGUUUUCACAGACAACAAUCAUUGACUUUUAGGCCAACACAAAUAUAGGGCCCAGUUAUUUAAGAUCAGCAAAUAUGCGGGUCAACAUCUCAACAAAUGUAAGGACUCUAGACGAAUAUAGUAAAUUGUGGGUAUCAAAAGUGCCUGUAGUUUGCACGAAUCCCAUGAAAAUUUUAAUAUUUAUGCUCUUCAUGUAUGUUGUGUUUAAUUUUACUGUCAAUUUUCGAUGUGUACUCGCAUCACGAACCAUUUGUCUGUUGCCUACUGCAAUUUCUGUGUUUUUGGGAAAUAUUUGUUGAUGAAUUCUAUUUUAGGACGGCAUUGCAUGCUCUAAUAAGGAGAUCCUGGUCCCAAGAAGAUAGCAAUGGAGGAGAACGGUGUGCCAACAUGGCUGAAAUACUGCCAAUGUACACAGAAGCCCUUGCUUCGAACUGCAUGGAAAUUGUGCAUAUUAUUCAGGUUGAGGAAUCAUGGUCAAUCACUUGUUUUCUGAUUCAAAAUAUGCUUGCAGACUCUUGUUGUGACUCUUGUUUUAAGAGAUACUUUUUUAUUACCUACUUUAGUAUCCUAUUGACUUCCACGGUAUUUUCUUGUUGAUUGAUGGUUUUUUUCACAUCUAACCUACCGUGUUUGUGGUUCAUGGCACAAACUCUGUUACCUUUUUUUCUUUCUACUCUGCAAUAGUUGGUAUCUUAUAGUCCAGAGGUUAUCAUGCUACACUUUUCGCCUGCUCGGCAGAAGACUUAUGGCACAAAUUAAUCUGAUGGAUCCUGGUAUAUCUUAAGUCCAUUCAUGUUUAUGACGGCUUAUGGCAAUGAAAAAGACUCUUCUUUGUAGCACGACAAAUAAUUGCGCAUUAAAUAUUUGUGCAAGCCAAAGGACACUAUUUCAACCUGCUGAGGCUCCAGGGAAGGAUAUAUAUUGAUUGCAAAUAAAGGCAGUAAGGCUGUAAAACGCUAUUUAUUGCCGUCAAUCACCCCUCCAGUAUUUUGAACCACCAUAAAGAUAAGCUCAGAUAAAUUGACUUAUAGAAUCACUUCAUCUUGAAGAAUCAGGACAAAAUGCUUCGUAUUCAAUUGAUUUUAUUAUUUUUGACAUCCGUGGUUGAUGAUAAAUCACCUCAUGUAGGGAAGUAAGACAUAUUUGGUAGAAGGAUUAGAUGAUUUGGAUUCAUAGAGGUAUCAGUUGUCUUCUAAAAAUAUAAUUGAUUUCACUUUCACUGAAAAUUUGCGUAGUACAAGCUGUACAGAGACCCAGUUUCAAUUAGUUUUCAAGCUCAAAUCAUCAGUUUAAUUUGAUGCUAAUUUUUCUGAGCAUACGAAUAUUCAUUGUGAAAUUUAUGCUGUGUUCCUGUACGCCUUUACAAAGAGAUAAGGCUUGCCAUUCUGCCGCACCAUUGAUAUUACUGUUUGCAUGUUCGGUUUGGUCGGGGUUUCUUAUUGUGUUUUGUUUGCAGGUCAUUCAAGAUGAAUUAUGUCAGAAGGAAAUUGAAAGGCUUAACGUUUCUGAUGAUAACUUGAUUCCAUUUCCCCUUCAAAAGUACCUGGGAGCGUUGAACUCUGGGAGGAUUGUAAAUUUAGAUGACAAAACAUUUAAAAGUGUCGCGGUCAAAUCUGCCAUGAAAGAGUUAUAUCACUAUGCACGCAUUUCUGGUCUACAUGUUCUGGAGUGUGUAAUGGAUACUGCUCUUUCUUUAAUCAAGAGAGAACAACUGCAAGAAGCUGGUGAUGUAUGUUUAGUAUUUCACGUUAUGUAUAGUUCAGAUUGCUCAAAACGACUGAGAGACUGUUUUUGGUGCAGUCUUCAUGUCGAUUUAGACUAUACUCUCCAGUGGUUUCAUGCCUAUUUCCUCUACCAAUGCCUGCAGGUUCUUUCUCUGUUUCCUCUCCUUCAGCCCCUUGUUGCUGUCAUGGGAUGGGAUUUACUGCCUGGUAAGACAGCUGUACGGAGAAAGUUAUUGCAAAUUUUGUGGACGAGCAAAUCACACUUCUUGAGGCUAGAAAGGUUAUCUGUGCGUGGGAAACAAUUGGAUGAGGUAGAUUUUUUUUAGACUAUUUUGUGUAUACUUAAUAUUCUGUCAAGCUUAUUUGGAUUUGCAAUUUUUUUCAGAUUUAACUUUGAAAGGAAAUUUAUCUUGCAGAUAUGUUGUGUGGAAUAUCUGUGUGACCUUCUAUGCUUUCAUCUGGAUCUUGCAUCAUUUGUUGCAUGUGUCAAUUCUGGUGGAUGUUUGGAUUCAGUAUCACCUUUCCUUCUGUCAGCAAAUGGGAAGGGAAUCGCUGAAGAUGCAGGUCACAUAGACCCUUUUGUCGAAAAUUUUGUUCUAGAACGACUUGCGGUCCAAACUCCAAUGAGAGUAAGCACAUUCCUAUGCACUUGCAAAUCUGUAUCUUAUUUGCUAAAGAUUUUUUAUUUUUAUAUGAUGUUCGUGCCUGCUGUACGUGUCAGCAAAUCUGUAUCUAUCCUAAUAAAAAACAAAUGUUUUACAAUUCAGUCACUAAUGUCCGUUCUAAGUGUGCAGUGCGGCAUUGCAAGAGUCUGCAGAACAUGUAUUCUGAGCUGCUAGCCCCUAUAAUAUAAAAAAGAGGAAGAAAAUCAUUUAUUCUAAAAUAUAUCUCGAAGUACUAGAUUUGACAAUUUUCCUUUCCUACUCUUAGACACUUUCUACCAACCAAGUGUCAGGUGCUUGAUAACUUCAAAUCUCUUUAAUUAUCACACAGAAAAGUAAAACUAGGAAUUCUUUUCGCUCUUUCCAUUGCCCUGAAAUAGGAAGACCUUUUAAUUCUUAACACUGAUUUUACGUUUCGCUUAUUUUUCCUUCUGGUAGAAAAAGGAUCCUCGCUUGGGAAAAUUCUAUGGAAGAAUGUGGCAUAUUUUAUUUUCUCGUAACAUUUGUAAUCUUUAAUCUUACAGACUCCCUAAUCAUCCAAUUUAGCUGACGUGAUUAUCAGGGCUCUUGCACUUUAACUCAAAGUUAAUGUUUUUGGAUCAUUUGGAUACGGGGGUAAGGUUUAUUUCAGUAUCUUCUACCGAUCAGUUUAUUCUGCACAAUACCCAUGAAGUUUUUUGGUUGACACUUAUUUUCCUUUUUCUAAAAAGUUAAGCUUACACCUUAAUUUAUCUUAACUGUACCAAAUGCUUCACUUUUGCUUCUAUGUCAUUUACUGUGCACGUGUUUCCUUUUACAAGUGCUUUUCUGUGUUGUCUUUUUUUAAUGCACGUGAUACUGUUACUGAAUGGAUUAUGUGAAGACCAUCUCAUGAUCCUCUUUUUUUGUAGGUCUUGUUUGACGUAGUUCCAGGGAUAACAUUUAAGGAUGCCAUUAAUCUAAUAAGCAUGCAGCCUAUUCCUUCCGAGUCUGCAGCACGGAAGAGGUACAUCCAUGCUGUAUUGUUAUAUACUUUUGUUCAUUAGUGCUUAUCUCAUACAGUAAACAACUACAGGAAAAAUAUCCUGGAAAUCUUUCCUGCAUUUUUAUGUCAACCUUGUAAAACUUAGGUUGUCUUCCACCCUCUAUUCUUGUAAAUUUUUCGUAGUCCUGUGCAACAUACGGAGAGGAUAAAUAUUUUGAUUGAUUGAUUGAAUUGUAAGCUACAAUAUCUAAACUCAAAACUUGUUUCUAGAUUGUAAAGAAAAUAUGCAUUAAUUCCUCAAAUAAUUGCUUAAUAUUUUUCUUUAUUUUCUGUAUCAAUCUAUUGAAUUUUUCUGUAUUUGUUUGGGAAAUUAAUUUAUUUUCAUAAUGCAAGUAAAAUAGUAGAGUAUGGUUUACUUAUUUUAUAGCAUAAUGUGUUGCCUCUGUGUGACUUAUUCUGAGCGCUUUAUGAGUUAGUCCGAGUUUACGUGUCAUAGGUGGAUAUUUUUUCCAUUGGUAUAUCAUCUUGUACGCCUAUAUGUCUAGUCACACGUUUAAAGCUUUUAGUUGGGCAAUUGUUGUUUUAAAAUAAGUUUGUUCAUGAACCAAUAAGUGCAGACUAGUGGAUUAGAGUUGUAAUUUUCUGUCUGUUGUUAUUUUUAUUUAACUUAGUUUUCCUCUGUUUAUUUCGCAAUACUAUGCAAUCUUGGCUUUGUUAAGCCAUACAGGUUCAACACAUAUACUUUGGCAUGAUAACAACCAAGAUGCCAGUGGGAGAUGUCCAGUACUUCGUAAUUAAAAGUUUUUAAUUUCUUUGUUUGCUAAAAUAUUUAUUAAUAAUAGAUUGUGCUUCGUUAUCAGAUUUCUUCUUAUCUUACAUUUUAACGUUCAUCCUCCAUAUCCUUACCCUUGAUUGAUCGAUGAUACAAUGUGUACGCUUUCUAUUUUCUCAUUUGUUUCUUUGUAGGUAUAAACAUUUUAUUUUUAGAUGCAUUUUUCUUUCUGUUCACUAGCACGUUGUUUUGUUAGGAAAGAGGUUUCUGUUUGUGAUAACAAAGUUAACCAUUUUGAAGUGUAGUAGUAGUUGUAAAUAUCUAUUUUGUACACUUUAUGAUCAGACUUCUUCAUGCUACCUCCCGGACAUUUGCAUUUAGGCGUUGAGAAUAAUAGGAGGUAGUGAGGACGGGAAAUACAAUGAAAGUGAAAGAAGAAAUCUGGAUCAAAGUAGGAGAGGAGAAGCCCGUUUUAUUUCAUUCUUCAUUUUUUACCCAUGCUGCUUUCCUGGGUUGACAAUGGUUUACUCUUUCUUUUUGCCCUGCUAGGGGAUUGGGUCAAGCCUCCCAAAUCAAGGAGCUUAUCAAUGUGAAGAAAAUAUUUUAACACUUUAAUGUCUGCGCUAAACCAUGAAUAUUUAUGGAACCGUACCAAACCUGAACCAUCAAAUGUGCAUUGGGUUCCGCAAUUUAGAAGAAGACAAGUGGCAGAAAAAAACCUAAGUGUUAAGCCAAGUGACCUGCUUACCUGUUUCAGGGACAGGUGUGUGUAUGUGCGUGACUUGGGGAAAAACGGCGCAUUUGCCAUCACCUUGAACAAGAUGUUAUUGAAAAAUCAUCAAAGCACCAGUUCUUUCCUAUCCUUCUGAUUCCCAACAUUAAAUAUGAUAUCAAGUCAAUAAGGCACAAGGCUGUUGCUUGCAACUUUGGAUGGUUCUUGUGUGAACUACCAGCUUCAGAAAAGCCUCACUGGCGUUAUAUUCUAUUUAGCUGUCUUGACUGUUUGCUUCGUCUAUGCCCAGUUUAUUUUCUUUUUGUGACUUUUAUUCCUGGGAAAUGGUAGAUAAAAUUUCUCCCUCUGUGUACUGCUCUUUCCUUUUGGGCAGUUAUAACUUCUUUUAAAAAAGGAUCUGUCAAGGUAAUAUUAUUAAUCUUCGAGCAAUCACGUCUUCAUUUAGCUAAUUGUCCUGGUAUUUUGUGGUUUCACCUGUUGAUCACCUUGUGUCAAUAACAUUUUUGUGAUAGGUUGCAAGACAUUGAGCUUAUGCACAUGCGUUAUGGUUUUGAAUCAACUGUACGUGCUUUAGGAACCAUGGAAAAGUGUACUGGUGAUAAAAGUGAUGAGUAUUAUGUUGCUGUCUUGCAUCUGAAAGAUCUGAAACACCACCUUCAGGCAGUCAGUACUGUUCCUCGCAAGGUGAGUUGAUUUUUAGUUCCACCUUGAGAAAUAAUAUCGACGAUCCUUUUGUAAAAAGUCCAGACAAUUUCUAAAGGAUGAGCUUGAUGAUGCCAAGUGUGUUCCAUUCCCGCUGUCUGGGAUUUGUUUAGAUUCCGAUUAUUAAUCCAUCUUUUUCAAUAUAUAGUUCCUCUCAGUUGAGUAAACUUUGGCUUCCAAGCAUGAUUUCUUGCUUAGCAUAUUAUCGAAGGAAUUUUGAAUAUCCUUCAUAAUAAAGGGAGUAGAAAAAGUGAAAGAAGUGUUUCCUUUACUGUGCUAUGUUUCCAUGCUAACUUCAUUAUUGGGGUUUAUUCGUGGGACCAAUAUUUCUGGAUAUACGUUCACAUAAGUCACGAUUUCAUGUGUUUGUGGGUUCAUCAAUCUUGUAGAGCUUGAUUUUUUUUCAAACUUUCCAUCAGAGUUUUGACUUACUGUGGGAUCUAUUUUCAGUAAUAAAACUGUCCUCUUGUUCUUUGGCUGCAGAUAUUCAUGCUGAGUCUUAUUACCUUGCUGUUACACAUCGAUGAUUUGUCAACUAAUUUGGCAAACUCCGCCAGUUAUUCUGCUGUGUCAGAACCAACCGAAUUGCCUCAUACCUGGGAAGGUGGAAGCAGCUUGGUGGUUUCAUUUACUCAAAUGCUGCUUGAUAUUUUUCAUGAAAACUUGCUGCCUGGUGUACCUGAAACGUUGGGCACUGGUGGAAUAGCGACAGGUGCAAAACAAGCCUUAGAAUGGAGGAUUUCAAAUGUGAAGGUUUUUACAGAAGAUUGGAAAUGGCGUCUCUCCAUUCUGCAGCGCCUUCUUCCUUUAUCAGGACACCCUUGGAAAUGGAAGGAGGCAUUAGCCAUUUUGCGUGCUGCUCCAUCUAAAUUGCUAAACCUGUGAGAUCCUAACAACAUUUUCAUUUCACUUUUCUCGAUUCCGUUCUAUUUUUUCUCUGACAAGCCUAUGAUUAAACUGUAAAGGAUGCACUAUAUCAUAACGACAGGCGUAAGUACCCUGACAAUUUUCACUGGUAUUUCAUUGUACAAAAUAUGGAUAAAUACAAAUCUUAGUUCCUAAUGUCGUAAACUACCAGUUUGUCAAGGCAAAUAUGAAGGUGUUCAUGUUUGAUAGAGGACUUGUACUGCUGCUUUUUCUCCCCCAUUAAGUUGACCAUAGGAGGGUAUUGAUUAAGGUAAAGAACAGGAGAGAAUCCAACCUCUUAGGUUGGUGGAGACACUAAGCUUUGUGGAGGAUUCUUUGAAGAGUACGUUACAAAACUGAGAAAUCAGCAUGUUAGAAGCAAAAUAGCUGGCUGAGGGCAUAGGUGGUAAUACAUAACUUCUGGUCCUUCUGCGGGAUACUAGUUCACUCUGAAGCUGUGUAAUUGGUCUGUUUGUUGUAGCCCAACACUGAAUUUUUCUCAUGACAACUUGUUUCGUAAUAUCAUUUCAUAGAUGAUGUGGUCUGUAAAUCUAACUGUAAAUAAAUAUCUAAUCAUCAUCAUUACAUCAGGGUUGGAUUUGAUGUUCAUGUACGAAGUCCCAAAGUAAAGGACAUCCGGCCGGCUGGCAUAUCAACAUAAAUCACUUUGGAGGAAAUGCCUGAAUAGAUGCCAAAAUGGCUAAUUUUAAUUGUUAAUCACAGUGAGCGUUGGGAAAAAGAUCCUAUUGGAAACAAAUCCUAUGGGUUAUGUGUACUUUAGAGCAUGUCAAUGAUCUGUUCUUAAAAUGUAAGCUACAUAUGGGGCUCCUUUUGGAGGGAAAUAAAUAUUGUUUGAUGUUGUUCAUUUACUUGGGAGAUUAAAGUGCUGAUCUUGGUUGUAUAUCAUCUGUGUAUCCCUUUCAUGUGCCCUUUUCAGAAACCUCCGCAUAGAAAUUCUUUUCAUGGUUCAUAAUAUCUGGUGCACGUUUUAUCAGCUGCAUGCAGCAGGCUAAGUAUGACAUUGGGGAGGAGGCUGUGCGCCAUUUCUCUUUACCUCCAGAAGACAAAGCAGCUCUUGAACUUGCUGAAUGGGUAGCUGGUACCAUUCGAAGAGAUUCGGUACGACAUUACCAUUGUAUUUCAAAUAUUUACUAAUUUAUAUAUUUUCCUCUGGCAUAUUUUUUCGAUUUUUUUGAAAUUAUAUGAUGUAUGUGGCUUCCGAUAGUUCCAUGGUUUUAUGUGUCAUAAAAACUUCGUUUGGAUCUUAAUUUGGACAUAAUAUUGUUUUAAUGCUUUUAAUUAAAGAUACUUUCACACUUGGUCCUCAGUUCUUAUUGAAUAAUAAUUUUUUGGUUCUUACGUAAUGUAAAAUGCCUUUGGAGCUACUUGACUGUUUCUGUUUCUUGGACUGGAACAGAUACAUGAACCGUUUCUUGGAACAUCCUUGAACUUGAUAGAUAAUUUAUUGCGAAAGUUAUGUGGUGUAGUUGACAUAUUUCUUGGUUUUUCUCAAAGGGGGUAGUGAUGUCAAUAUGUCUAUUGACCGAGUUUAUUUAUCUAUAUUUCUUGACUUAUAUAUGUGGAUAAUUGUUCUAGGAUGAAACGCAACAAUUUAGGGGUGGUUAUAUCCGCAACAACGUGCAGAAAUCGAAAGUGUUUAUGGUCUAUUUUCAGAGUUUAAUGUUUCUGAAUAGCUCUUGUUUCUCUUCAAGGUUGACUGUGCUGUCUCACAAGUGGUUGAGGGGACUUCAAAUGCUACACAAGGACUGAACUUUUCAUCAUUCCGUGAUCAGUUAGGUCCCAUACCUACGGUAAGUUUGUCUUCUGAUUUUAUCUCUCAAACUUCAUUUAUUCUUAGUUCAUUGACAUUUGUUCUCUGGCUCCCCUUGUCAGAUACUUCUUUGUGUUGAUGUAGCUGCUACAUCAGCCACAUCCUUGGAUAAGUGCAGGCUGCUUCUUGUCCAGGCAAGGAUAGUUUUGCGCAAUGCCAGCUAAAUAUGCAUUCUAUUCAUCAUUCAGCAUCUUUGACUGCUUCUGUUAGACGUCACUGGGAAUCUUCUAUGCUAGACUACUAGUUCUGUGAUUCUUUUUUUUGUCAUCGAACUUCAAUAUCUGAAAUGUAUCCUGGAAUUAUGACACUAUAGGCAAGGGGAAUGCUAUCAGAGAUCUAUCCAGGGGAAUCUCCAAAGAGUGGCGCUGCUUACUGGAAUCAGAUUCAAGAAAAAACAGUAAUAUUUGUAAUAAAGCGAGUGUUGCAACGCCUUCAUGAUCUUCUGGAACAGGUCAGUUUUACAAGAUGGUACUUGCUUGAGAUUUAUUGAAGUGUUUUGAAGGAUGAAGCGGAGUGUAAUAGUGUAAUUGACGAUGACGAACUUGUCCUUUUUGACUAAUGGGUACUUGAUGCAAGGAGACAUGGAAUUACUGUGUUCACUAUCAAGAUGUGUUCUGGAAAAAAUGAUAGGUGGCACCUUAAUUUAAAGUCAUUUGAAUGUGAUAAUACCUUUGAUUUAGCCAUUUCAAUUGGGAUUUUAAUUAACCAGGACAUUGAUAUUGGCAAAGCCAGCCUAAUUUGGGUAAAAGAGAGACGGAGGAAAAUGAUUUUACCACGAUAUUCAAGGUAUAUAUCAAUAUUUUAAUUAGAAAGGCUGAAAUUGCAGAAAAACUCUCAAAAAAGGUACUUUGAGAAGAAAACACAUAAGCUGUCUUUGGCGAAUGAAGGCCAGUGAUGGUCAAGGGAGGCUGCUAGCAGAAAUAAAUUUAUUGGUUAUCUUCCUUCUCUUUCUCCUCUCUUCUCAUUUCUCUGCUCUCUAUCGAACCACAAUUUCCUAUUCUUCAUGUUAGCGAGGAUGACUGGUUUUUUUUACCAGGUAUGCUUUCAUCUUUUUUUAAUUUAGAGGCUGAAAAGAGGACAUAUUGAGUAGGCUUGAACUUAAAAGCUGUUCACCUUGGUUACCUAGUGCACCUUAGUAGUGUUUUUUGUAGCCUUGAUCAUGGGUAGUUGUAUUUUCUGAAACUAAUUCUUAUUCAAGUAUCACAUGACUAAUAGUGCUUAUGUGAGUGGAUUUUUUUAUCGCUAAUUUUUUAUAUAAAAUUAAUUCAAGAUUAAAUCGACGUGAUGUGCUACAUAGCUAAAUGCAGAUGAUACAUUUAUUUUCGAUGAUUUUUAAAUUAUGCUAAAUCUAGGUGCGAUGUCUAAAUGCUUUAGUAGUAAUGCUGUACGCCACUGCUUUGCUCACCUUAGUUUAUUUUACAAUCAUGACGAGUUUCUUCGUCAAAUUUAUUGAGGUUCUGCGGUUUUUGGCGAAAUGUCAUUUUGAUAGCUUUUUUUGUUCAGGAGAAAGCUCCAAUUCUACAGGAAUUUUUUUCUAGAAGGGGAAUAGCACCCGUUGAACCUAUAAGACAAGGGCAAAGGCAACGUGCUCUUGCUAUUCUCCACCAGAUGAUUGACGAUGCCCAUAAGGGAAAGCGUCAAUUUUUAAGUGGUAAGAACGGCUUUAAUAAAAAUUUAGGCAUCAGCAUGAUUUUCGUGUAUAUGUUGUCAACAGCUUAAGUAUCAUCUUGUGACGAAUUACAGACAUCUUGUGAGACUAUGCAUUAAUGCCUCCUAUGUUAACAUUCUACUACUCUUGUUGAAUGCAUAAUUUUAGGGAAGCUUCACAAUCUUUCACGGGCUGUAGCUGAUGACACGUCAGAUGGUGGUUAUAUCAAAGGAGAGGGUCUCUAUAACGAUUUUGAUAGGAGAAAAUUGUCUAGGUUUGAAAGGAGUACUAUUCUUGGUCUUGGACUUCGACCUCUGAAUAAUCCAACUGCUGAAAAUAUCAAUGACUCUUCAACUAGUGAUAUGAAGGAUUCUGGAAUAAAGUUCUUUGGGCCCUUGAGCUCCAAACCAUCCACAUAUCUUUCAGCAUUUGUCAUUUACAUUGCGACGAUUGGUGAUAUCGUUGAUGGGAUUGAUACAACACAUGACUUCAAUUUCUUCUCUCUUAUCUACGAAUGGCCAAAAGAUGUAAGAUUGCUUUUCCUACACUUUUUCCAACAUGCUACCCCUUCUAUCUUACAAGGCACGUUUUAUUUUUCAAAGAUUAUCUUCCCAUCAGUUGUACGUGUUUGGAACAUAUUUUUUCUCUGUGGCUGUUUCUUUCAGUAUUUUCAAAAGCUAUUAGCACCAUACACACGAAUAAUUUAAAAUGUGGGCCAUACAUGAACGUGUGUUCUUCCCAAGUUUGUGCCUUCUGUUAUUUAUGCCUUAUUUUAUGGCAUAUUUUUCGCAUAAAAAAGUUCGAUGUUCUCUUUAGAUUAUCAAGUAAUUAUGAAUCUUUAUGAUCCUGUUGUUGAUCAUCGGGCCAAUUUUAAAUAUUUUUGGAAACGCUACUACCUUUUCUUGAUGAUUUUUUUCAAACUAGAGUCAAUAAUCUUGGAGUCACAUAUUAAAAAUAUUGGUUAUAUGCAUGAAAGAAAAAAAUACGGUUCAUAAGUAUGGCUUCGGGUAUUGUAUAGGGACUCAGGCGUGUGAAUUGUCCUUAUAAAUAGCUUCUGACACAUCAGAUUCGGUAUUCCUAGCCUGUAAAAAUGAUUUUUUUUUUUAGAGCGUUUCUCACAAAGAUCUAGUUCCCAGCUUGACGUUUGAACAAUGUAGGCACGUCUUGUAGACCUUAUUUGGGUGGUCAAGGGGGACAAAUCUUUCCUUGAUGUUACUUCUCAUAUCUGAUCUAGUAGAGGCUUCCCACUAUGUCAGACAAUAGUUGCCACUUUCCAGGUGCUUGAAAGCAAAAUGAGGAGAGUGCGAGCAGAAAUGGAUGCUUAAAGCCGGCUGAAAGUGUGGUAUCCCCUUAAUAGUAUUAUACCCUUUGAGGUCAUUUAGAGCUAGAUGGAAAACCAUAAAUUUAGGUGCAUGAACUUUAUGAUUGAUAAAAUUUUUUGUUUGUUUCUGAAAUGGCAAAUUAAUGAGCAAGAAUAUUUUAUAAUAAGCAAACAUGUGGUUCUGUCAUUUUUAGAGCGUUGGGAUGAUGGAAAAGUCUUCACAGUUUGGGUAUCUGUUGCCUUCAUAUAUCCGCAGUGUUUUUCAACUCAUUACACACAUACUUGUAUAUCUGUGCUUAUUUUUUUAUACCUAGUGAAUCCGUGGGAUGUUCCUCUUUAAAAACAAUUAACCACUCUAAAAUGUUGCAGGUUGUGGUAGAAACCCAAAACACUAGAAACAACCUUACCCAUUACAAACGGGUCUCACACAAUCCCCUGUCAAGUACACUUCAAAACCAAAUGGAUUAUAGCAAUGUGGAAAGUUUCUUCUAAAUAAAUCUUAAUAUUCCUUAAAAUAAAAUCCUGGCUUAAAAAGACAUUUGUAUAUUUUAGGUGAAAGUUUCUAUGGUGUAAUGUAGGGAAAGAUAUUUGUGGGCCAAGACCUUUGUUUAAGAUUGAUUUAUUAUGAUGAUGACUAAUCAUAAACUUCGAAUUCACUGCAGCUGCUAACCCGUCUUGUCUUUGAACGAGGAAGCACUGAUGCUGCUGCAAAGGUGGCUGAUAUUAUGUGUGUUGAUUUUGUUCACGAAGUAAUUUCAGCUUGUGUACCACCAGUCUUUCCCCCUCGUUCUGGUCAUGGCUGGGCUUGUGUGCCUGUUUUACCCAGUUCUUCUCGAGUGGGUUUAGAAAUAGAGGUUUCUUUUCAGUCUCUUGGGGCUAAGGCAGGUUCACAUGGCUCACCUUCGGCUGAACGUGCACCUUCUCUUUAUCCUCUUAAGCUGGAUAUUGUGAAGCAUUUGGCUAAGCUAUCCCCUGUGAGGGCAAUAUUGGCAUGCGUUUUUGGAAGUAGCAUACUGUCUAGGAAUAAUGAAUCAUCAUCAUCUCCUCCGAGGGGAGGAUCAUUGCAAGUACAUGAUGCUGAGAGAUUAUUCUACGAAUUCGCUCUAGAUCAGUCAGAGAGGUGAUUGUCUAAUUAAUUAGGUCUUCUGGUAUAUUAUUUUUUAAGCUUAUUUGACUCUAUUGUCAAUUUUUUGGACAGAUUCGCCACACUGAACCGCUGGAUACAAAUGCAGUCUAACCUUCACAGGGUAUCAGAAUCCGCAAUAGCAGCUACAAGCGAUGCUGAAGUAGUCACAGGUACAUCUGAGCCAAAACAUUCAGUCAAACGGCCUCGGGAGUCCGGAAGUGAUACUGAGUCAGAGGUUGAUGACAUGGCCAUCAGCAGUCAUGGUUCUGCAAUUUUAACAGAUUUUCAUGAAGGAGGCAAUGGAAUUUCCGAUUAUGGUCAAGAAUCCCCCAAAUCUGAUGGUGUUGAAAUUGAUCCGACUGUGUUUCUUUCUCUUGACUGGGAGAAUGAGGGGCCGUAUGAAAAAGCUGUCGAAAGGUACAUAAGCUUUGAAAAAAAGACUUCCAACUUGUCUCUUAUGGCAUUUUUUCUGGUAGUACCCUGCACAAUUUCUGUGGUCAUUUCUGUCUCCUUUUCUAUUUCAUUAGUUGUAGUUUCCUGUCCCAACCUUAACUUGUUACUUUACCUUUAUUAAAAGCAUUGACUUCAAUAUUUUGUUUCAUGCUUGCUCAAACAAUGCUCGAGAUAUAUAGUCAUAGUUGAAUUCUUGGUGUUUGUCACAUUGGAUAUUUCCUAGUAGAAUUUCUCGAAGGAACAUUACAAUGCUUGAAUUCACGGAUUCCUUUUUCUCCCUCUGUAAAUGGCCGUUUGAACUAUGUUUGAACGAACAUAAAUUAUACUAGAUUUCUGGUUGAUAAGGAGGAACAUCUGUUCUAUAAUGAACUAUGGACAAGACAAGUGAAACGAAAAAUGUAUCAUUCUGAUGAAGAAGGUGCUAGGUCAAGAGCGAAUCAGUGAUCGGCCUCGUACAAAAUAUUUACCCCGUUUCUAUUUUGGGGGAAGUCUUCAUUUUGGACUAUACAAAUAAUGGAAGGCACUACUUUUUUACUUUUGCUUUAACUUCUACCCAGUUGCCAUGACCCGAAUCCUCACGUAAUGGAGAGCAUAAAAUCUAUUUUGAUUCUUUCACCUUGGGGAAGUCCUUUAUGAUGUAUUUUCCUAAUAUUGGGAAGGUUUCUCCCAUGAUAAAGGAGUCUUGCGAGCUUUUACUCUGCAUAUCAUGGAAAUUCAAUCUGGUAUUAAAUUUUAUUAUGGAAUUUAAAAUUUUAAAUCUUCUGUUCGGUGAAUCUCCUUCUGAAUGAAAGGUAUCACUCCAACUUUCCAAAUAUGGUAACCAUUUCUUUCCUUAUAUCUGGAUAAACUGCAUUGUUUCAUGAAUUUUCUUGAAGAUAUCUUUUAGAACAUUUCUCUAGUCUUGGAAAAGAGAAAGUCUCUCUUUCUUGGAAUAAAACCACAUCUGUUGUGGAUACUUUUGCGUGACUAGAAUUGAAAACAUUUAUCUUUUUUGCCUCACCUCCUUUGUCCUUGUUUUUGGAUGUAGUGCGUUUCUAGUUAGUUUAGUGAUGAUCCAGCAGUUCCUCUGUAACUUUUGAUCUUCUAUUGCGUUAUUAGAUUGUACCAUUGGAGUAAUUGAAGCAGUAAAUCUGUUUGGAUCCAUUUUGAUCUAAUUAUUGUUAACAGGUUAAUCAACGAUGGGAAACUAAUGGAUGCUCUUGCUCUUUCUGAUCGGUUUUUGCGUUGUGGAGCCUCAGAUAGACUACUCCAGUUACUAAUUGAACGUGGAGAGGAAAACACCUUGGUCUUCGGGCUUCCACAUGGUUCUGCUCAGAAUUUUGUGAAUGAUAGCUGGCAGUACUGUCUUAGGCUGAAAGAUAAACAACUUGCAGCUAGGCUUGCUCUUAAGUGAGUUUUUGUACAACACGUUGAUUUUUAAUACCAUGAAUUUGUCACAAUGCUAUAUCAUGUCGUGGAAGUUACUCUCACAUAUAUUUCUUAGAUUCCUUUUUGCGUGCAGAGAACUUUUGAAUGAAAAACUUCUAAAUUAGAACUGCACUGUUUUUGACAAUCAUAGAGUCUACGUUAUUUGACCAAAGGACUGGAUCUAGUUGUGUAGAAUCAUGCCAAUUUCUGUACGCUGUGGCUGCCCUAUUCAGUCUAAUCUUACUUUCAGUUUUUAUUCUAUUGUGUUACUUACGUCCUUUGCUGUCAUAGUCUAAAUUUGACCUCAAAUGAGUACACUGUAGUAAAAUAAGUUACAAGUGAAAAAAAAUAGUUAUCCAUUUUACAUUGAGCUUUUUUAUUAAUUGGUUCUCGUUGAAAUGUCAAAACCAAUGAGGUUUUUUGAUCGGUUCUUAGAUACAUUGAGAGAAAUUGCUAUCAAGAUAGUCCCAAAUUUCGAUUUAAUUGGGUUGUAAAAAUUUAGAGCACGUUUGUUGCAGAUUACGCUUAGUUAAAUAUGGGUAUAUGAUCAAACAAAAGAGGUGUUGUGACCCUACAUAUUUAUCCUACUUGAGUGAUGAAAUCCAUUUCAGAAGAGGAACAGAACAAACUGAGGAAAAUAUGGUUUGAAUUUAGGCAGAAAGUUGAGGAGCUGGCAAAAAAAAAGAGAAGGCGAGGGAAGGUCGUACGGGAUUAUAAAUAAAAAAUGUAUUUUUUAGAAGAAAAUAUUUCUCCUAUGAUGGUGAAGUCUAGGAUCACGUGCUAACCCUCUAGUCAAUUUUUAAAAACCAUCAAUGGAGAACCAACUGUGUGGGGCUAAAGAAAAAAAAUGAUUUAUAACUCGUGUCAUGUACAUACGAUGAGAAAAUAUUGCUUUUGGAACAAUUUUUUUUGACAAUAGGUUUGAACCACAGUAUGAAGCUGUUGGCAAUAAAUACCGCCAAUAGAGAAUUGUCUUGAAGACUGAAGAAAAGUAUGGCUCGAGUGCAUAUGCUAGCUUAUUAGAAGACAUUAAAGAAUCAAGCGCACAUCCUAGUGUUCCAUAAACAGCCAGUAAAGUCUGUUGUUUAUGCUUGGAGUUACAGUGAAGAGAGUACAUAUGAUUAUUGUAUUUAAACGCUAUCCCUACAGUGUUCACUUGCACCAGUGGUGUUGAGAAGCUUGAAAUGUUAACUUCAUCUUCACUAAAUGAUACUUAUGACCAUCCAUAUUACCUUCUCAUCGGAGAUGCAUCUAAGCAGUCAUAUGUAUAUUUUUGAUUUUCUUGUAAGAAUCUAGUUUUCGAAUUUAGGAUAAAUUUUUCUUCUUGUGUUGAACUUUUUUGGUUUUAGAUACUUACAUAGAUGGGAGUUGGAUGCUGCAAUGGAUGUUCUCCUCAUGUGCAGUUGCCACUUGCCUCUGGACUGUCCACUUAGAAAUGAGGUAUGGACUAUUCCUAAUGACGUAUGUAAAGGGUCAGAGUUGUCUCUAUUUGAUCAUAAAUGUGUUGGGUUAUGUAUGACAGAUUUUGCAAACAAGGCAAGCCUUACAGCGGUACAAAAAUAUCCUAUGUGCAGACGACCGUUACAGCUGUUGGCAAGAGGUCCAAUUCAUCGCCCCCCUCCUCCCAGUUUUAAAUUAAUUAGAAAUGUUGCACUUCGUAUUCUAAAAAGUGAAUCUGCAGUAAAACCCCGUCUCCCUCAAAUGAGCAAAAAAAGAAAAAAAAAGAUAUUUUAUUUUAUUUUUAUACAAUUACCCCUAUCACGUAAGGUUUGAUAUAAUUAUGUAUACUUGAGGAGAUAGCUUCAAAUAGGGCCAUGGGAUCCUGCCCCCAUAGAGAGGUAGACCAAUGCCCAAGAGAGAGCUCAUAACCCCAAUUUUCUUCUCUUUCUGUCGGUCACAGUGUUGCAUUUUUCUUUUGUUCUCAGGUGGAGGCUGAUUGUAAGGAAGACCCUGAAGGCUUAGCACUUAGGCUUGCUGGGAAAGGGGCCGUCUCUGCUGCCCUGGAAGUCGCUGAAAGUGCAUCUCUGCCCAUUGACUUGCGAAGGGAAUUGCAAGGGCAGCACCUUGUCAAGCUUCUCACUGCAGACCCUCUCAGUGGGGGAGGCCCUGCAGAGGCGUCACGAUUUCUUUCUUCUUUAAGUGAACCUGAUGAUGCUCUGCCUGUUGCCAUUGGUGCAAUGCAGCUUUUACCAGAUCUACGGUCAAAGCAACUUCUGGUAAGUUGUUCCAGAAAACAACCUUAUCAUGGAUAUAGUUCGUCUUAUCCCACCCAAAGCUUUCUGUAGUUUUAUUUAUCUUCUGGUUCAUUUAGGUGCACUUUUUCCUGAAACGAAGAGCUGGAAACCUGUCUGAGCUAGAGGUCACAAGACUUAAUUCGUGGGCCAUGGGUCUGCGAGUCCUAGCUAUUCUGCCUUUGCCCUGGCAACAACGGUGUUCUGCUCUGCAUGAGCACCCCCAUUUGAUUGUCGAAGUUCUGUUAAUGAUGAAGCAUUUACAAUAUGCUUCAAUGGUAGUCCCUUUCUUUUCAUAUUGAACCUGAAAUCUUUUAGUUUUUUGCUUUCUUAAGAUUUGUUUCCUUUUGUGUUUUCCUCUGGGGAGAUGUACAUUAAACAUCUGGAUACACGAGUUGGAUUCAGCAUAGACAUAAAAAUGUAUUUGGAUUUUUUGUUUUCCUAUUGAUCAGCGACCUCAUUAUACAUAUUACUGUCACAGGCCACGGACUUUGAAUAAUAUGGGAUGUUACGCUGAGAAAAUUGAAAUGAUGAUGCUCAUGAAUUUCUUUAUCCUUUUUUUCGCUGAAUUUUUGUUUUUACUUGUGUUGGAGCAAUGUCAUUCUGAUACUGUUUUUUCAUGGAAUCUUUUUCGCUGUUAAACGUUCGUACUAGGUUAUCUGAUCUGCUGUAUUAUGCUCAUGUGCAGAUAUUGAAAAAGUUUACCUCCUUGUGUGAUGACAGUCUAAUUCUUACAUAUGCUGCCAAGGCGAUUUCUGUUAAUAUUAAUGCUGCCCCAAGAGAACCUAGAGCACCUGUUCCUGGUCCUAGGUCGAAGCAGAAAUCAAGAACAAUCACACCAUCUAGGCCUAAUUUCACCAGUAGUCUAAGUAAUUUGCAGAAGGAGGCCUACAAGGCUUUCUCUUGGUCUCGUGAAAGUGCAAACAAGAGUACUCCAAAAGAAGCUACUCGCAAGAGAAAGAGCUUGGGAAUGACAUCUGAUAGGGUUUCUUGUGAAACAAUGAGCGGGAUCAAUGAAGAUCAAAUUUCUUCAUACUCUGCAGAUGUACAAGAACGUCCUGCUUUUGUCACUGCCACAGAGGAAUGGGUAUUGACUGGAGACACAAAUAAAGAUGCUGCUAUUCGAUUGUCUCACAAAUAUGAAAGCUCUCCUGACAUUAUUCUUUUCAAGGUAAAGAUACAUUUAUUUCAGAUGUGGACUGUUUGUAGAAAGCAUAUGUUUUUUUUGUGGAGUUUUCUUAUCAUUGAGAAAUGGUUCAUGAACUUAAAACCAAUUCACAAUGAGUUGUGGUAGCCCGUUUUUAUAAUCACUAAUUUGCUUUGUAUUGAUCAUUGAGGGAUAGUUCUAUCAUGCCCUGUCAUGUAGAUGCUAGCUUAUGAAACAUUGUCAAAUGAGCAGUAACGAAUGGGGUAUGUGUAGCUCAGUAGGAAUCAUCGGCUUUGAUACCUGUUGAAGUUAUUCGGCAGUUCAAAAUCAUGAUCCGAAAAUUAAUUACUUCUAUUUCAACCAAUAUGAGACUGCUCUAACCUUUAGAACAGACAUUCAGAUAAGGAUUCAUCACGGACAGAGAUCUGAAGUCAUGUUACCCUUGCUUUUUUGUGAAUUUUGGGGGAUGUUGCAUCAUAUUUGAUUUCACUAAUAAUCAACAAGACACCAGAUUUUAACAGGUUUAUAUCUGGCAAGAGAUAUCUGUAAGUAGAAUCAUGGAUGAAAAAAGUUAUUGUUAGACAUACAGCUGAAACUGCUUCAAUGAAACCGAGUUUCAUUUUUUUCUGGAUUAAGCAUUCAGGUGGAAGUUAUCUAAUCAGGUUUCGUUUUUUUCGUAGGAACUGCUUUCCUUGUGUUCUGAUGAGUCAAUAUCUGCCAAAGGUGCCCUCGACUUAUGUAUUUCUCAGAUGAAGAAUGUCUUGAGUUCCCAAAUGGUGUCUUUGCAUGCUUCUAUGGAAACAAUUGGCCAGGCAUAUCAUGGAACAGAGACUUUUGUUCAGGUGUGUUAUUUUUAAUGUGAUUUUUGUGACAUUGAAGACUAUGAUAACAUAUUUGAAUAUUUUUCAGGCAUUGAUUUACACAAAAAGUCAGCUAAGGAAACUGGCUGGGAGUAGUGAUCUGUCCAGCAACUCUGAAAGAAAUAGAGACACAGAUGAUGGAUCCGCUGAUACAGGCAGUUCUAGUGGUGCUGGUCAAUAUCCAGAUGAGUUUUCUGAACUUAUUACACAGGCUGACUUCUGGCUAGGACGUGCAGAGCUUCUUCAGAGUCUCCUGGGAUCAGGAAUUGUUGCCUCUCUUGAUGAUAUUGCUGAUGAUGAGUCUUCUGGACGCUUACGUGAUAGGCUGAUUAAAGAUGAACGUUACAGCAUGGCUGUCUACACUUGUAAAAAAUGCAAGGUAAAGAUGCAUGUAGAGGGCAUAUCGCUUUUCAUUUUAUGUUUAGUAUUCCUGUCCUUCAUUUAACCUAUAAGCUACUUUAUUUUCAGAUUGAUGCUUUUCCUGUGUGGAAUGCAUGGGGUCAUGCCUUGAUCCGGAUAGAACACUAUGCACAAGCUCGUGUAAAAUUCAAGUGAGUAACAUAUGGCAUGUGUGAUUUUCAGAUCAGUAGUUAGGAACUUUGGAAAGAUAUUCUUUUUCCCUUGCCAUUUGCUCCAUUUGAUUCUGAUCAAGCGCCUUUAUCUUGAGUCAGUCCUUCUAACGGCAAUCUUUGAGACUGCAUGGUGUAUAGAGGUAGAAACUGGUUCAAUCGCACUAAUAGAUACAGCUGACUCAAGCUACAGACAAGUGACUGUUAUUGAUUCAGUUUGAUUGAGGUUGUUUAACUACUAGUGCCCAUUUCCUGCUGGAUUUUGACCAGCGUUGGUUGGAACUGCUUUUAAUCUGUUUUCCUGGUUUAUUUGUACAUUGAAGUUAUUUAUCUUUCGAAUUUAAACAGAUUCAGGACAUUUCAUUUCUUCUAUUUCUUAUUCCAGGGAUAUUCUAGUAGGUUAUAUAUAAAUGAUGAACUCUUCGGCUCAAUACUAUUUAAUGAGUUUUUGUUUUCAAGCCCAGGCAAGCUCUUCAGCUGCACAAAGGUGAUCCUAUCCCUAUAACUGAAGAGAUCCUUAGCACUAUGGAAGGUGGACCUCCUGUAGACGUUUCGGCUGUUCAUUCAAUGUAAGAUGAGAUCGUAAAUGCUAGUGUGAGGUUUAAUUUUCUUGUCCUUCUUUGGUAUGAAUUUUAUCAUCGCUUAUUUUAUGAGACAUUUGUUAUUGAGUUUAGACUGAUGUUUCUUUCCUCUUCAAAGUGAGCUAUAUUGCAUAUUUUGAAUUUUGAAAAGAAAAGGGUUGUAAAUUUUGGAAGUCUAAGACUCCAUUCCUUUUUCCCUAAAAAAUACCCACUUGCUUAGCAUGUUACAGAUAACAGAACCAACAUUCUUUAUUGAUCAGUUUCUUUUGAUUAUCUAUAUGUUUUUGUUGACCACUACGUUAUACUUUAAUGAUAUGUUAUACGCAUUUUCUAAGCAACCAUUUGGUGGGUAUCACGAAAGUAGAACUUCAAUGUGUGGUAAACGCUAAUUAUAUCAGAACUUCUGUAUGCGAUUCUUUCUACAGUACUGGUGAGAGAGAAGGAAGAAUGUAAGGGGGGAGAUGAAGGUAGAUGUACAGGUCAAAACCCUGAUUCCUUGGUGUUCAUGGUAGAGAGAAAUUUUCUCACGCAGUCAUCACAGAGGUUAUGAGUAUUUGAUGUGGUGCUAUCAAGUACAAAGGACUAAAGCCAUUGAAGAAAAAAAUGUGUAGAGGUUGUUCUUAGACUUUCAUUGGACUUAUACCGUAGAACAAAAUUGAAGAGGGAGAGAGGAUUUCACUUGGAGACCUCGGUGAGAAGCAACAGAGAGUAUAAACCUAGAAAUAUGCUUAUAAGUGCUUAUGUUCAACUUCUUAAGGAUAGAGUGUAGCUGGUCCUUAGACAACCUAUGGUCACAGUGUCUGUGACAUGAUUUCCUCAUUGAAUAUGCGGAAUAGAAUUGAUUCUGUUGUAUAAUUUUUUCCUCCAAGAAGUGCCAAUUUGUCUGUGCCUUUGUCAUGAGGAUUAUUUUCUUGUUGUCACAGUAUAGUUAGUAGAAAUUGAAUCUUGAUCUUGUGAUCUUGAAUAAACGUUUUUACCAUUGAAGUUUUGCUGGACAAUAUUCUAUGCUUUAUAUCCAGCUUUUUCAUUGAGUCUGAUCACCACAGUUUACUUCUUAUGUCUCCAAGUCACGUAUUUUUCUCCAAGUUAAAUUGUGGUUGAUGUGUGGUGAUGAUGGCAUCUUGCCUUUUAGCAUCAAGAUACCCUCCUAUCUUCAUAUCUGUCUUAGAAUAUGAUAUACCUUUCCAUGGGCUAGAUUUGAUAGAUCUAAUGGUCCUUUCCAUGCCGUUUAUAAGAGAACUACUUAGUAAACGAACUAAGCACUGGGAAUGCUUGUUAAGGAAAAUUCAAUAUUUUACCUGUUAGCCAUUCAUAUUCUUCUUGGACACCAUCAGAAAACAGAUCGUUUCAAAUGAUAUAAAUGAAUUUCUCUAUAUUUGAUGGGGCUAAUUUCUAAAAAUUCCUUGGUGUGCUCAAAUUUGAGAUAUCUUUUUUUUCCUUCUUUCUACGAUCUUUUACCCUUCCCUUUGUCUUUCUACAUGCCGCUUCCUCUUCUGUGGAAACUUAGGCAGGCGCCCAACAGACUAGAUUCUCCUACUAUAGUAACCUAAGUUACAUCAACAGCUCUUUGUGUAGCCCUUCCUUUGGAGAGCAGCUAGGAGCUGGGCAGGAACGAUUUAAUUUGAAUGGAGUCGAAGUGCAACUGUCCAGCACAUUAUAUGUCCGAUGUUUGGGAAGGCCUAGUCCAUCUGGGAGACGGGAACCAUUCCAUCUAGAUGGGAAAGCCUUUGUUUUAAAAAGGCAUGCAUCCUAUCAAGAUACAAGCAGUGAUGUUUCCCUUGAUAUUAAGUGGGAAUAAUGCGGAGUCCUGAGGUGGGGCUUCCGUCUGAACUUUCCAGGAAGAAAGAUGGGCCAUUAGUAAUGACCAGAGAGGGGAUGCCCAGUCUAUGCCAACUUGGGAAAUUGGUUUUUCCAUCUGGGAGAGACGAGUCAUAUGCAAGGGAGGAAAUGGGAAAUAUUUGCCAUCUAGAUACAAACGGGCCAGUGCAGUGAAAGAUAAUCCCUUACCACCAAAGACUGUGAUGUUGGAUGUUUGAUAAGAUAUGAUAAGGCUAACUGAUGCAGAUCAUACAAGGAUAAUCAUGCUCUGCCUAGAGUGAUGAACUCCAAUUCCAAGGAAUAUUUCAGUCUCCCUAAUGCUUUAGUCUCAAACUUGUCCAAAACACUGACUCAGAUAGUCUCUCUUUAUCCCCAUUCCUUGUCACUAUUAUCUCAUCGAUAUAGACUGAGAGUAGUACUGUGACUCCCCCUGAGAACGAGUGUUUAAUGAAUAACGAGUGAUCCUUUGGGUUUGUCUGUACCCCAUGGCAAUCAAUAGAUUUAAGAAGACUUAAAUAUGCAUGACCAAAAAAUAUGGGUGGAGGAUUAACUAUUGGAUUUUCACUAGUGCAAUUAAUGCCCAUACAAAUAGCAUAAUGAGUUGUCUCGCUUUUGCUUGAGUCCCACAGGUCUCCCCAUCUCUCUAUUUAUAAUGUGGUUUACUGUAUAUCUACUCGCCAAAGAAUCUAAAUGUCUAACCACCCUCAGAAGGAAAUUUAAUAUAGUUUCAUGCUGUGGUAAACGGUUUGCUUUUUUGCCUUUGCUUUAACAGUCUGUCCCCACAAUCCAACUAAACUUCUGUUGGGCAUUAUUGACAGCGAAAGUCUCUGGAACUUUCCCUCCCAUCCUUUCUGACAUGGUUUUUUAAGGUAGUAAGAUUGGUUCCAAUUUUUUACAACACUCAAAUUUCCUGACUAAUCUGCUUUCUCUGAUCAUGAUACACAGAGAUUAUGAAAAGAGGUUUCAUAGGAGAACAUAAUUGGAGAAAUCUUGGUGGAUUACAGUUAUAAGAUGCACACAACAUUCAAAUGCAGAAAAAGAGAAAAAUGGGUUAAACUGAAAUAACAGGAAGGUGAUGUAUCUGUUAAAUCAAUUAUAAAAUGAUGAUCUAUCUUCCUUCUGCUUCAUUAGUUAGUUCAGUAGCCGUGGAAUGGUCAUCUAUUCUAGAUCUGGAAUUUAUUGGAUCACUCUAGAAGUAAUUAUGGUGUUUUCUCAGUAGCAAUUAAUCUAGGUCUAUUCCAGAUCCUGAUUGUAGGCAGAAUACCUGAAAUAUUUUUUCGACAAAUUCAUUGAGAAGUGUUGUCCAAGCACAUCAAUGCCAUAGACUACAAAAAGGGCUUUCUCUACCUUUAGGUAGAUAUGUUUUCUUGCUAUCUGCUCGUUCAGUCUGUGGAAGAAUCAUGGUUUUUAAGGAUUAUGGGCGUGAAUAUCAUAUACAGCAUUGCAAAUAAUGUUCCUGUCAUGCAAUCAGUUGAAUCUGAACACAUACGGGGUGUCUGAAGACAAGAAAGGGAGGGGGAGGAAUUGAUGUGGGGGGGCCUGUAUCUGACUUAAUUCUUUUGCAUCUUCCUAAUGCGUUUGUAUUUGAAUCAUCUUGUCUCGAGUUUCCAUGCCUCAAAUUAUUUUGAUGGGUCUUUGCAGGUAUGAACACCUGGAAAAAAGUGCCUCUACGAUCUUGGAUGAUUCUCUAUCUGCUGAUGCUUACCUCAAUGUGCUAUAUAUGCCCACUACCUUCCCACGAUCUGAGAGGUCGAGACGAUCUGAGAGGUCUGCAAAUAACCAAUCAAUUGCAGAUUUUGAAGAUGGUCCUCGCAGCAACUUGGAUAGUGUUCGAUAUGUUGAAUGCAUAUAUUAUUUGCAAGAAGUGAGUUCACACCUUUUGUAGACAACUUUUCGAUAUUGAUUGCUUUUUUAAGAUUUUUGGAAUAAACUUUUAUCUAACCUUAAUUCUUACAGUGACCGCUCUAUUUUACCUUUUGAUUUUUCUUUUGUUGUUCAUGUUUCAACCACAUAAGAAAGCAAAACCGCAGUUUAUAAUAGAACAUAUUGGAUUUACGCUCUUCUACAUAGUAUCCAACCACACUUGACAAUUUUUUAUUAGAAAAAUGAGAAAAAAUUCUUACUCUUUUAAUUGUUGUAUAAGUAUCAUUAUUUUCACUAUGACUUCUGUUCUUACUCAAAUGCGCCAUUGCAGUUUGCUCGUCCAAAAAUGCUUAACUUCAUGUUCAGGCAUGGUCACUACAUGGAUGCCUGUAUUCUAUUUUUUCCUCCAAAUGCUGUUCCAUCUCUUACCCAGCCAUCACAUGGUGCUGCUAUUCCAUCGUCAUCUCCUCAAAGAUCUGAUCCGUUGGCCACUGAUUAUGGAACUAUUGAUGACCUGUGUGACUUUUGCAUUGGUUAUGGAGCAAUGACUGUUCUAGAGGAUGUGUUAUCUGCAAGGUGUACUACAGUGACAGAAGACUCAGCUGUGAGCCAGUACACAACAGCUGCCCUAGUCCGUAUAUGUAAUUACUGCGAGACUCAUCGGCUCUUCAAUUACCUCUACAAGUUUCAGGUAUACAACAGGUUUAUGAUGGACGAUGCAGACAUUUAUUCUAUUAAUAGUGUUCUGCCGGAUGUGUACACAGCACAUGAUUAGAGUACACCAUUUUUAGAACUUCUUUCACUAUUUUUGUUUAGCUUUUGUUUAGCUUUGGGAAAAGUGCUUAUUUUUGUUUGCCUAUGUUGUACAUAUAUUUUAACUUUUGUAUGUUAAUAUGCACCUCAAUGUUCUGGUGCUCUAUGUUACGAGAUACAACAGAAGCAGGAAAGAGAAAAAACUAACUUAACCCUUCCUAGGGUAGUACACCAAUAUUUAUAUUGGCAUCUAAUAAACCUUUCCGGUAUCACGGAAAGGUCUAAUGGAGGAAAUACAUCUAAUAAUAUGACAGAAAGGAAAAAUAGAAGGAAAGCCUAAUAUAGAUAAUUUUUUCUAUGUAACACUCUAACAACCUUACAUACACUGAAAUUUGACUUUCAGAACAAAAGUGGAAAUGUUUGAACUUGAUUUCGUCAACAAUGUCUUGUCCAUAUGCCCUGUGUAGUAGAGUCCAUCCCAUGCUCUAACAUGCCCAAUCCUCCAGUCCGAGGUCUUGUCAUAGAAAAAACACAAAUCGUCAUCAAAUAGUAUCAAAUAAUUCAAGUCUUUACCUAAUUUUCUCAAUGACAAUAGAUGUGCAUUCAAUCUUAGAACAUGAAGAACAUAUCUUAAUGACCUCAAUUUCUCAAGAUGAAUUGAUUUAAUGCCAACAACAGGUAACAAAUCCUCACUUACAGUAAUAAACUUCCGAUUAUUGGUACAUACCUCAUAUGUUAUAAAUAGUGAUGCAUAUGGUGUCAUAUGAUCAGUAGCUCUAGAAUCAAUAAUCCAUGACACUUUUUGGGAUGAAGGUGAUGCCAGUGAUGAGGUAUUUAAGCAUAAUAGGAAACAUUUAGGAAAAUGCUUAAUAGCAUGUGUGAGGAAAAUGGAGAUGAUCAUGCUCCUCAACUGUUCAAUUUCUUCUUUGAGUUUUCCAAUCUCUGAAGGUUGAGAGGAAAUAGAUUCGUCUUGACUUGCUCCUUCUUGUAUCAUGGGCUCAACACCAUCUUCAUUUUGAGCAUUAGUUAAAUGCAACUUACCAUAAUUCGGUGGUUUGUCAUAGAUCUUCUAGCUAAAUGUCUCCCUAGUGUGACGAUUUUUUCUAUAAUAAGUGUAAAAUAGGUGUGCCUUUGGAUCAGUCUUGGGAUAUCUUUUGAUGAAUGGUACCUUACCAUCCCCCUUUUCUAAAUCCAGAAGUAUCUUUACCCUUGAGAGCGUUGAAUGCAGCAUUUUCUGUCUUUAAAUUAUUUCUCAAAUUUCUAGUAUUUUCUUUUUGUCUGGUUAAUGCAAUUACCUCUUCAAUAUCUGGUACUACUUCUUGAGCAAGUAUAUGAUUUACUAAAAUCUCAUACUCUAGAGUUAGACCCAUCAGAAACUUAUACAGCCUGUCUUUCAUGAUAUAAUUUUGUUCUUCAAUAUCAGGGUUCUUGAUUGGUCUGUAGUGGUCGAUUUCUCUCCAGAUGAAUUCCAAUUCGCAAACAUAUUCCAAAACAGUCAAUGUUCCAUGUAUCAAAGUCAGAGACUUUUAUACUAAUCUAUAAAUUUGGGAUUCGUCACGUUUAGUAGAGUGAACUCGACGAACUUUGUCCCAUAGUUCCUUCACAGAUUUCAAAAAAAAAAAUCUAUCACUUAUCUUUGGUGAAAUAUUGUCCAACAUCCAAUAUUGAAUCAGUGCUUCUUCUUCCUUCCACUGAAAAUAUCCUGAGUUGUCAAUACUUAGCAAGGAUUAUGUCAGGUGACGUUCUAGAUUCCUCCCAUGUAGAAUAAGUUUCACAUAUGAUCUCCAUUGGAACAAAUUGAUUCCGUCAAAUCAGAACCUCUCAAGAAUUUCAGGUAGGUAGGUCUGAACAUACCUUAAUUACUUCAAAUGAAUGUCCUGGGCCAGAGGAGGAAGAUUCCAUGACCUUUGCCUCCAUGUUCUACAGCCCCAAAUAUCAAAAAAAGUCUCAAACAGAGAUUCCCUGAUGUGGUAUGAAUAACAGUUUCUGUUCAAGAAACUGAGGAUGAUUGCCACUGUCAAGAAAUGACAAUGGUGUAUUCUCAGACGUCUGCCACCGUCAACAAAUGACAAUAGUGUAUUCGUAGACGUCCUACCACUGUCCAGAAUCGACAAUGGUAUAUUUGUAGAUGUCUGCCACCAUCAAGAAACAACAAUGGUGUAGUGACUCUCCAAGGAAUCCGCCGGUCUGCUUACGACCAAGAAACCUCACGAUUUCAGGUGCUGCUGACAGGAAGAAGAUCACCAGGUGACACUGCCUACAGCAUAGAGUCGUCAUUGUUGCCGCCAAGAUUGGUUGAUCUUCCGUCGGCAGUCUUCAUGCAGGAUCAGAGAGAAAGCUCUAAUACCAUGUUAUGAGAUACAGUGGAAGCAGGAAAGAGAAAAAACUGACUUAACCCUUCUCAAGGUAGUACGCCAGUAUUAUAUUGGCAUCUAAUAAAUCUUUCCGGUAUUACGGAAAGGUCUAAUAUAGGAAAUACAUCUAAGAAUAGGACACAAAGAAAAAAUAGAAGGAAAGCCUAAUGUAGAAAACUUGUUAUGUGUAACACUCUAACAACCUUACACUACACUGAAAUUUUCCCUGCCACCACAAACCACUAGGCAAGCUUAAUGAGAGUGGAGGUCACUGUUGUAUCUUUGUUUUCUGAUAUUGUGUAUGCCUUGCCAAAUCGUCCCAUGAUCGUAGAUUAGUUUUCCAUUUUGGGAGAGGUUAGGUCCUGAGAUUCAGUCGAACCCUGUUCAACAUAAGGCUGUCACAAAUCUAUGAUUUACUUCCUUGUAAUGGUGGAUGCUAGUUGAAAUAUAUAAGGAGACAGGUAUGCUGGUAUAACAUGGUUCAGAUCAAGCAGGGGCAAUUUUCCAACUCGGAAAAGUGGAAGCAACUGAAAAGUUGCUGUAAGAUAAAAUGUUUCACAGUUUGUUGGCCUUAGUAUCUCUUUAGUGCAGUUUUUUUUCUUUACUGAAUAAAAAAACUAUGGAGAAUAUCUUGCACCCUAUUAUCUGGGAAUCUCUUUGACUUGGUUGUCCGUGUAAUUUUAUUCUUUGUAUGUUUUCGUUACUAUAGACUAUAAUGGUGUUGUGAUAUCCAUUGGCGAUGAUUCAGGUAAUCAGGGGUGAUCAUGUUGCUGCUGGCCUUUGUUGCAUUCAAUUGUUCAUGAAUUCAACAACCCGAGAGGAGGCAAUAAGGCAUCUAGAGCAUGCCAAGGUAUCAUUCUUUGUCUGACGGAGACAUCAGCAUAUAUCUUGUUUAGCAUCCUCGAUUACCUGCAUAGGUUCUUGAAUAUUUUGAAUGCUGAUUUUAUUUCUGUGUUGAAACAUGUAAACGUGGUGAUCCGCUUAGGCUUCAAUAAUAACUUGUUCACCAAUUGAAUGCUAAUCCGUAUCUUCAUCCUUUUGCCUUUUCAAAGUUUAGUACUACAGAUUUACUAUGUCUAAGACAGCAAUACACAAAAUGUGCGUAUAAUCCCUUUUCAUUAGGGAUGAGAUCCGAUCUAGUGACACGUCCACCUGCAAUAAUGAGUUAGAUUGGCCUUGGCUCCUCAAUUUCAACAUUGUCAAGUCUGACUUUGAUGCUGAUACGAUCCUCUUUGGAAGGAUCGGAUCAGAACGAAUCAGGUGAAAGAAAAUCAACAAUAUUGAUUUAGCAACCUUGAACGGUUUAGUGUUGAUAGAACGUCAGAUUGAUGGUUCUAUCGAAAUAGAGGGCAAGGAGAGAAGUGGGGGCGGGGAUGGGAUUCAAGAGGAUCCCCUGCCUCUCCAGGUUCAGACUGUUCUCCCUUAUUCUGUUUCUCCAAGCGCUAGUUAUAGUCCUCGGUCGAUCUCAUCUGAGACUUCCAAUCUAUGGAAGUUUCCUGAAGUUUCUCCCACGUGCUGCAUAUGUCUCUCCUUCUUCUGCCUUCUAUAUGUUGUUAAUGGGGUUGUGCCAGAUGCUUGAAACGAUGAUCAUGUAACAAGUACAUUGAUGUCUUCAAGAUGUUCAAUCUCGUCAUCAAGGAGGUUUGGACACAUGUUCUCAAUCAUCAUCCUCUUCAUUUUUACACUCAUUGGGUUUUAUUACAGCAAUCGAAGUUGUCUCAAGCAAUAGAAGUCCUCCCACAAAAGUUUCAAGUUUCUUGAUGAUUCUAGUUUAGUCAGAACAGUAUCUAAAGCCUGCAUAUAUGAGAAAUGGUCUCCACAUUUAAGUUUACAUAGGGUUGAGCUAUAUAUGAAGGUCAAAGAUACAUCAACCUAAGUGCAUGAAGACCCGUACAAAGUAUAAAUUAAAAGGCAAGAUGACUGACUAAUAUAAUUGGUAGAACUCACAGGGUGGUUGAAAGACAAUUUGCUGUUGUUUCUCUGGCUCAGUGGGCUUAAUUGAAGUUUACGUGUUCUUAAAGAGUAUUGAGAGCCUUUAUUAGUGCAGUUUCAUAACGUUUCAAGGGUUUUUUAAUAAUUUUCUUUCAGUGUCUUCGCUGGCAUGAGUUGGAGCUUUUUGCGUGUCCUUUGUUGUCAUUUCUAGUAGUAUUAUGACUCUGUUUCAGCAUUCCAUCCAUCUUAUCACUGACUUGGUGCGUUUUCUCUGAAAUAUGAAAACGAAGGAUUAAGUUGAGGAUGAUAUACCCUGAUCUGAUCCACCCAUGCACAGCCUGUUCUGAUAAGUUUAGCUCUGGAUCCAGCCAUCACAUUCAUGUAAUGAAAAAUUUGAUCUAAUAGCGACAGAACUGCCUCAAUGAGUAGGAUAUAAAGUUGCCUUUAGUGACACAGUAAAGUAAGACUAUCACUUCCUUUGUAUCUAUCUCUGCCUUUUGCUUGAUUUAUUUUACCUAAAACUCUUAAUAUUGGCUUAAAGGAUGACAAACUAACUCAGGCCAGUUCAAUCUAAAUCCAGUCUGAUCAGGAUCUUAUUGCCCAUUUCUUAUCUUAUUUUCCAGUUUCAAAAAGCUGCCCUGUUUGUCAUUUCUGAAGAGUCAGAUGUUAUAUUCAAGUGACUCUGGAAUGAAACAGCGGAAUGUAGGCGUUUAUCAUAAUUGCUUGGGGACACGAUGAGUUUAUAAAUUUUUCCUCCGUUUUCUUUCAGUUCAUUAGUUAUAUUAUUUACGAGUUAAUAGCUUGAUUGUAGUUGACAUCAUUUUCUUUACUCCUUUGUUGGCGUUAUUUUUCUUAUUCAUAUUCGUUUUCUGUGGGCUUUUAUUUUUCUAUUUACUCCUCUUCUUGAUAACUUUAUUUUCUGGAGUAGACACAUUUUGAUGAGGGACUGUCGGCACGGCAGAAGGCACCAGAAGCAAAAAAACUUGUUCCAAAAAUUGCUCGUAGAAAAAGUGCGUCAGAGAAGCUUAGUGAAGAGGGUCUUUUGAAGUUGUCAACUCUGGUGGCUAUUCAGGUGCCUUAGUAUUUUCGUAAUCAUUUUUUUUCAUCAUUGCUUUGAGGGUGGAUAACCAUUGAUGUACUUAGUGGGGAGGGGGCGCUGGGGUGUCCCGUCAUGUAUCAUUUGAAAUUCAUGGCAUGUUAGCUAUCUGAAUCGGUGUUCAUCAUAUAUUGUGCUUGCAUAGACUUCCCUCAGAGGUCUUCACGAGAACGAAAUGUCAUUCGAUUCUAAAUACGUUUAAGCAUUAGCUGUAUUCUUGUUUAUAAUAUAGAAGUAUGAAAUACAUGGUUGUUAGCGCUACCAGUUAGAAAAAUAAAUAUAUACCCAACCAUUUUCUUGAAAAGGUAAGAUAGAGUUAAUUCUUGCAUGACUGUCAUCCUCCGGUUAUGUCUAUUAGAUCUAUUUCUCAAUUUACUAGACCCCAGAUGCUUUGCGGUGUAUUUGUCUGUUAGAUGUCUGUUAUUUCAGAUUAUUGACCUUUCUGUUAUAAUUUUUAUGCUUCGCUUAAAGCUCCACUGGUUCCUGGAAUAAUGUAUUAUCUACUUCACUACUUUUAGGUGGCUGUAGUUAGAGCGUUUACUGACACAGACAAACAUCAGUGGGAGCAUUCACUAUUUGGAAAUCCAAAUGAUCCAGAUACGUCCCGGUUCGUGAGUUAUUUUUACUUUGAAUGGCAUUAUAUUGUUCAUCUAGUGCCACUUUUAACUGUGUAUGCCCUCAGAGAAAUCGCGGUACCCCCAUUCUCUCUCCAUUUAACGUACUGCAAUACAUUAGAGUCUGGAAUAUGAAAUAAAAUUCUUGUUCAUCACUGUCCCAAUGAAGUAUUUUCGGCUAGCUUGGGUAGGAUGUUCAACAAUGCCCGCCACAAGGAUAUUACGAAGUUUGAUGUCUAAAAAUCCCCACCAAUCAAAGAACAAAGCUGGAAAUGGUGUCCAAUUGGUAGCUACUGUUUAGCUUCUCGUGAGAUCUAAUGAUACACGUGAGACUGAAGAUUAUUCCAUGUUUGAAAGAGGGGUUUGGUGUCAAGGUCGGCUGCUAGGACUGGGGGGGCAAGGAAGGUUAUUUUGACAUUCUCUAAUGAUUCCAAAACAUUGAUUUUGAUAAGAACCAACUUUUUCAAAAAUAGUUACCGACUUUAAACCAUGCAUGUUCAUAGUUUAAAUGUUUUUCACUUUUUUUAUAACUUUAUUGAUUAUUAAAAUAAAUAAGAAUUAGCGAUUAUUUUUCUAUCCUUAAUUUUGGAGUAGAUCUCGUAUUGGUUUACAGAAAUGUUCUUACCCCACCUUACAGAUUAAUUUUUAGUUGGACCAUUCAAUAUUUUGAGAUGAUAGUUUAAUUGAUAGUUGCUCUUAAGGUGUGCACGUUUUAUUUGCAUUCCCUGACUGACAAAGCCAAAACUAGGUUUUCACAUUAUGGUGUAUUAGAGUAUUUUAUCUCAACUAAUAGAUAAAUAAAACUGUGAUUAUAUAGAUAGGCUAAUCACAAAAUAGGUUUUGAGUGGAUUAAUUAAUUUUUGUAACUAUUGAUGUCAUAACUAAUGACGUAGUGCUUGUUAUAUGUAGUUUUAGGAAAAUAUUUUAAGAAAUUUAACUUGUACAAAAAUAUUUUUAAAUCUACUGAUGAUCCCUUUUGUUGAUGAUUUGCACAAUAAUCAUUCAAGUUUUAAGCAUGAAAAAUAUAUAUUUUAAAACACCUAAUCUAGUAAAAUAUUUCUAAAAAUAUUUUGAUCCAGGUUUUCAAAUGGGUAGAAGUUAUUUUCAACAAUAUGGUAUUUCACAUACCAUUUAUCGUUCUACAUGGUGGAAUUUCUUCCCAAGUAUAGAGCUUAGUCGAAAUAACAUUUUCUUCCUAGAAGAGUUCUGGCUAUUAGAAUUGGUAUAAUGCUUGCGUCCAAUAGAUGUGUUGGAAGACCGUCGUCCUAGACUAGAGAACUGACGGAAGUAGAACCGCUCUAAACAGCAGAAAGAAAACCUGCUGGAAAUGGCAGAAUAUCAUGCGUAUAAACGGUGGAAAGAUAACACACCUCCAAUGGCACAAUAAGCGCAUCAAGAUGACGCCAGAAAGAAAUUCAACAGUGGCGGAGUGCCUCGCCAGAAAGGUACUUGUCAGAGGCGGAAAGCCUCGCCGGAAAGAAACUCGGCAGAGAUGGAAUGAAUCUUGAGGCGGUUUCCGCCGUUCUCCCCUCUGUCCUUCAUGACCAGGUUUUAUUUCUCCAUUUCAACAGUGUGCAGAGAGUUUUGUUUUGAAAUAUAUUUGGAUUGAGAUAUGCUGUUCUGUAUUUAUGGUAGAACGUCCCCAGCCAAACCCCCUCCCCCCAGGAUACACACACCCUUUUCAAAUUUUUGAUGUUAUAUGAGUUUGUUGGUGCAAGUUGAAUGCACUUAAGUUUAUUUCAGUGACUCAUUCCUUAGGGCAUAAUUUUCAGCGACUCAAGUUAUCUGUGUGUCUCGGCCUGAGCACAUCCCAAGUUGAACAUCCUUAGUUUAUUUGGACAGCGGAUGGCUAACUCGGUGGACCAAAUCAUCUGACUCUAUUGUAUAUGCAUGUGUCCCAACUUCUCCAUAUCUUUAUGCAUGCGUGUAAUUGUGUGUGGGCUAGUAUAUUUAUCAAUGUAGAUUCGCAUGGGUGCACGUGUUAGAUGUCAUUUUUUUUAUUUGUCCAUCUUCACGAUUGCGUCUUCUAUGUACAUGAUCAUGGGCAAGUGGAUUUGCUAUUUCUUAAGCGCUUGUGAAUGUACAUACGCCAGCUAUAGGAUAUACUUUAUCUUGAACAGUCCCACAUUGCUUACUGCGAAAGUACUCAUGAUUAUAAAAACAGGCCAUUUCUACUGUUUUGCAUUGGAUGGCCCAAUAGCUUUAGCAAUCUCAAUUUUUAGUUGCGGUUUACUCUUCACUUGUAAUUUUUUUAACUGUCAUAUCACCAUUGCCAUGUAGCAACUCUUCACCAUCUGCUCAGAUAUGUACUGAUAAAUCAACUUAUUGAUGACGUAAAGUUUGUCGUUACGUCCUGUCUCUAAGCAAUGAUUUUUCUAAAAUGAAUUAGACGGUUGGGACAAAUUUUCGCUCAAACAUUUCUGAAGGCUCCCUCUGUCCUUUUGAGAGAGUAAAACUUGAAACCUGUGAUAGGUUGCAGAACUGCUGCGGACUCCACUCUUUUAUGUUUCAUGUGUGUGUCAUCUUUCGGUUACAUCAGUUGAAACUACUACGAUGUCUUCUCUUGAUUUUCCUUGACAACUAAACAGGAGAAGAUCCAAGAUUGUAGAAACACUUGCUGAAAAGAAUUUUGACUUAGCCUUUCGAGUGAUUCACGAGUUCGACCUUCCGGGUAUUGUUUUAUUUUUUAUGUCAUUUCUGCCAUGGGUCUGAACUUCAAUUUUCAUGUGUUUUCUUUAACUUCAACUGUGUAUUUUGCAGGUGCUGAUAUUUAUGCUGCAGUCGCAGCAUCACUUGCAGAAAGAAAGAAAGGUGGCCAGUUGACAGAAUUAUUGAGGAAUAUCAAGGGCUUAGUAGGCGAAGAAGAUUGGGACCAGGUGAUGCUUAUUCAUUAUACUCAAUUUGUUGUACUUAGUACAACAAAAAAAUCUUAUUGUGUAGGAAGAAAACUAUGCGAAAGCAUUCGUGCAUGGGGACAUGUAUUUUGCUUAUUUUUUAUUAAAGCGUUCGUAACUUUGGGGAGGGGAUGACAUAUUUUCAUAUAUUGUCAUGUAUCUAACUUAAAACCUCUUAAUUUUCUCUCGACCAUGAAGCUGUGAUGUAGAUCUGGACCUACUGUGGAUUGCAUCCCGUCAGUUUUUCAAAAGCCUUGUCUAGCAUGCAUGAAUUUGAUUAUGGAUGAUUUUGUGUCAAUUAGAUUUUUUGCAUUUGGUGGGUCCCUUGGUAAUUGUUAUUCAUUUUCUUCUUAAGCAUGUUAAGGUUCGGAUUUGUCCCGUAGCCAUUUUAGGACUAGAUAGAAUUGAUCUGAUAACAGUCACUCACGCAGGUCAAGGAUUUUAGAUAAAUCACAAAUACAUAAAUGUCAUCUAUUGAGUAUGCUGGACGUUUUUCUCUCCGUCAAAGUAUCCCACUCAGCAUAAUGGCUUCCUCUUCCUCUUCCUCAAGAUGAAAGCCAAUAUAUUUCUUGUCAAAGUUAUUGGGCCAUUGGGCCCAUCUUUUUGUCCACAGGUUUGACUUUUACGUUCACCAACCCCGGACAAUUAUAACUUUCCCCUUCGCAUACAUGAUGAUUUAGGGAGUUUCAUUGGCUGAUAUACAAGUAUUCCUCACGGAUUUAAAGAUAGUUCAUAUAUCCACUCCAAACCGAGAUUGUUAGCAUUUGCUGCUGCAGAAUAAACCAAAUUGCUCAUAGGAAAGGAUGCUCGAUAAGGCAUGAGUUCCAGUAUCAUAAGUGCUUCCCUCAUAGGAACGUCCGCGAAUUUGGUCUUCAGCUUGCAUGUGAUACAAGCGUCCUAUAUUUGUUAACAUAAAGAUACACUUGUAGAGACAAAAAUUCCAACCCCAGUUAGCUGUCACCCUGACAUCGUAUGAAAUCCAGCGGUUGUUCUUAAGCUGCAUGUACCUCCCGUCAUAUUGUCCACAUGACAGAGUCUAAAGUGUCGGCUUCCACGUGAAGGGGCAUGUUGGAUGGCCUCAUACUUCCAGCAUUUCUGUUCUUGUUUCCAUCUUUCCUUGAUUGUGCAGUAUGCAAGAAAAAUGGGAAUCCAUGUAGUCCAUAAGAGUCGAUGCCUGGAUCUUCACAAGUCGUAAUGAAGCGGUUAUCACCACCUUCAAGGCAGUCAUUCAAGGCCAUAUACUUCACCUUACUCCGCCAUAUUCUCCAUUUUUUCUGAAAGUUUCUUCUUUCUCCGAUGCGAAGCUGUGUGACCAAUUGCAUCUGCUCUUGAAUGGUGUGAGCCGGGCAGCCAAUUGGAUCACCUCUAACAUGUUGUGGCAGGCCUGAUGAUUAACCUGUAUUCGACUAAUACUCCUCAUCAUAUGAAGAAAUUUAAUUUCUUGCAGCUGUAUUAAAAAAAAAAACACAUACCCAUUCUCUUAGUUCUCAUCGUAUGGCAUUCGGAUGGCCCAUGUUGAAUUCCCUGUUAGGUUCUUGGUGCUGCAAUCAAUGUGUAUGCCAAUAAGCACAAGGAACGUCCAGACAGGCUUAUCGACAUGUUAAACAGCAGUCACAGGUACAUUAGCUUCAUCUCAGCUGGAAUAUUUUUCAGCUUUUCUACUUUCGUGGGCCCAGCUUAUGCAUUUCGUGAAGCAUGUUCCUUCUAUUUUUCUACUUUGAGCGUACAUCCUCUUCUGAGUACACAUUUCAUCAUCAUUAUAUACAUUGUUGGUACACUCACGUGAACAGAAAAGAUUUGCGAUACAUAUUUUACAGUCUGCUUGCUGCGUAUGCUUCUCUCCCCUUUUCCUUGUUCUUUUCAUUUUAUCUCACAUCACCGACAUAAGGCAACUCUCUCUCUCUCUCUCUCUCUCUCUCUCUCUCUCUCUCUCUCUCUCUCUCUCUCUCUCUAUAUAUAUAUAUAUAUAUAUAUAUAUAUAUAUAUAUAUAUAGAUACCUUUGUCAAGGUUACGAAUGGUUAUCUUAUCGCCGUUAUUUUUUCUUCAUCUUGAUAGGAAGGUGCUGGCAUGCGUUAUUUGUGGCCGCCUUAAAAGCGCUUUCCAAAUAGCAUCUCGAAGCGGAAGUGUGGCCGAUGUUCAGUAUGUCGCCCAUCAGGUAUUCCCUUACACCAUGACUGCAUCUCCCUCUUCUUCCUCCUUUGGAGAGACGUCUGAUGGCCGCUCCCUAAUGCUGCUGCUGCUGCAGGCGCUGCAUGCGAACGCGCUGCCCGUUCUGGACAUGUGCAAGCAGUGGCUCGCUCAGUACAUGUGA